GGAGGAGGAGGAGGAGGAUCUCUUUCCACAAGUUUACUUUGCCCUUUGCGGGAGAUGAGCUUCAGCCUCCGCAAACCCGCCGAGACACGACCAGGAACGGGGGGAGGACACUUUGAGAGCUGCGCUGCGAAAUCUGCCGAAUUCAGGAUUAUCUGCGGGUCAUGGACGGGGUCGUCUAGUUGGGAGUUGUUCCUCGGAUCCCCGCGUUGUGCGCCGGCAGCAGAGCGGACCUCGCGCUGCGACUCCAGGCGGCUCUGAAGGAAACCAUAUCUGGUCAAAGUAUUCGUUGCUGUCACCCGGCGGGACUGUCCGGCUAUUAAUAGCGCCGGAGGAGGUCUCUCUCUCUCUCGCUCUCUCUCUGCCUCCCAGAAGCGCUGCAGGCACUUGGCUGACUUCUUUUUGCUUUUACUUCACCCUUGACCUGGGGGCCAUUGAGGUGUGCUGUCCAUCAUGUCGGUGUUGAAGAAGGAGAUGGAGAAGUACAGGGACAUAGACGAGGACGAGCUGCUGAAGAAACUGUCAGAGGAGGAGCUGCAGCGAUUAGAGGAUGAACUAGAGGAGCUGGAUCCUGAUAAUGCAUUGUUGCCAGCUGGGAUGCGGCAGAAGGACCAGACCAAGAAAUCCCCGACGGGAAUGUUUCAGAGAGACAACCUGCUGGCCCACCUGGAGAAGCAGGCCAAAGAGGAUCCUGAGACCGAGGACCUGGUGCCCUUCACAGGGGAGAAGAGAGGGAAAGCCUUCGUGCCAAAAAAGAUGGUGGACCCCAUCAUGGAGAACGUGACUCUGGAGCCGGAGCUAGAAGAAGCCCUGGCGAGUGCAACUGAUGCUGAACUCUGUGACAUCGCAGCCAUCCUGGGUAUGCACACCCUGAUGAGCAACCAGCAGUACUACGAAGCCCUGGCCAGCAGCACCAUAGUCAACAAGCAAGGCCUCAACAGUGUGAUCCAGUGCACCCAGUACAAACCAGUCCCUGAUGAGGAGCCCAACUCCACUGAUGUAGAAGAUACCCUGUUGAGAAUAAAGAGGAACGACCCCGACCUGGUGGAGGUCAACCUCAACAACAUCAAGAACAUCCCCGUUAAGACUCUGAAGGCGUACGCCGAGGCUCUGAUGAAGAACACCGUGGUGGAGAGGUUCAGUAUUGUAGGAACCAGGAGCAAUGACCCUGUAGCCUUUGCCCUGGCAGAGAUGUUGAGGGUGAACACGACGCUGAAGAGCCUGAACGUUGAGUCCAACUUCAUUACAGGGACAGGAAUCCUGUACCUCAUAGCGUCACUGCAGUAUAACACCACACUACAGGAGCUGAAGAUAGACAAUCAGAGCCAGCCGCUAGGCAACAAGGUAGAGAUGGAGAUAGCCAGCAUGCUGGAGAAAAACACCACGCUGCUGAAGUUUGGGUAUCAUUUCACCCAGCAGGGCCCGCGCCUCCGAGGCUCCAACGCCAUGAUGAACAACAACGACAUGGCUCGGGUGGUCAGGUUGGAGUCGGACGGCUCCUUCACCCUCACUCUGUCUGUUCCUGAGCUGGAAAGGGCCUUCGGGAAAAAGUUCAAGCCCAAGACUAAUAAGAAAGAGAAGGCUGGAGGGAGGUCCCAUCUUCCCUAAGUGUCGGACGAAUAUUUAGAGACCAGGGCUGCCCUCGUUCCCCUUCGACCGCUCCCAUCUUUCCAAACCCCGUCCUCUCCAGCCUCCUGCCCAGAAGACCACGGCCAUCACUUCUACUUUCCGGACUCUUUUUGUUGUUGUUGUUGUAGAUAUUAAAGGGUCUAAUGGUAUUCAUCAGAGGUGCCCUCCUGAGCCUUCAGUGCAAAAGACAAGAUUGUGAGCUUAUUUCUGUGGUCUGACGUGUAAAUGUUUGACUUGUGUUCGAGGUGUGGGCGUCGUCGGCGCCGCCUUGUAGGAGCUAACCAGGCAAGCCUUUGUCAUUGGGAAUCCAUUAAUAUCUCCUCGAGGGUCUAGAGUCCUUAAUGAAGGGGGCUGGAGGUCUGGUUUGAAUGAGGGGCCACUGAAAGGUGACAGGACACUUUUAGAAAUCCGUGUUUCUAUCGAUGUGUUGAAUGAGUUCUAAUUAUUAUUAUUAUUAUGAUGCUGUAAAUGAGUUGUGCUGUCAUUACUGCUGUUCCCAAAAGGUCGACAUAAAAGGUUUUCACUACCCAUUAUUCACUAAAGCAAAUGUCCCAUUUUAAUUUAAUUCGGUCUAAACUGUAUUUUUGUGACUCACGGUCCUCAAAUACUACACAGAUUGUUCAAUAAUUGACUAUUAGAUUUAUAAACCUGGCUACUGUGAGAAUUGUCGCUAUAUACAGAUUAUAUUUAUUUGUGACAGACCUGGGAAAGAGGCAGAAGCCACUCAAACACUUAAUGUCAUGGAUUGAUUGUGCUGGACAGCGUGGUAACUUGUGUAAAAAUAUUUCUGUAAAUGAAAAUGUACACUCUAAUUACACUUUACAUUGUUAUACUAUCCCGCAUUUACGUAAGCGGUCCCUGCAGAGCAUUCCUGCUAGCUGGGAAUGGCAACUGCCAACUUUUAUUUACUGACAUGAGCUAUUCUAUUUACCCACUGUAUCAUAUCCUACCAACACCGUGUUGUUUUAUAGAAUUCCAUCUGUAAUAAUCCAAACUAACGGCAGGUAUUUGAAUGCACUUCUGUCACACUUUCACCAGGUCUGGUUUGUUGUUGAUUGUUUGUGGUUAUUUUAUAUUUACUGUAGCUAAAAUGUGUGGUUUGAUACAACAUGGUUGGUACUGUUGACUUUCUGUUUCUUACAGGUUUCACAUUAACGCCUCAGUCCAGGUUUGGAUCAUUUCAGUGGACACAGAUUUACAAAAACAAGAAACCUCUAAUGUCUUUACAGCUGUCAAAUUACACAAAUCCAUCCAUUGUAUAAAAAAACCGCUUGUUAGCUGUAACAGGUCUUAAAUCAACUCCGGACAUCUGAAAUAUAAAUAUAUAUAUUUGUAUAUGUAUAUUAUAUAUUUUAUAUAUAUAUUUAUAUAUAUGAUAUAUAUAGUUAUAUGUAUAUUGUAUAUAUAUCACAUAUAUAUUAUAUAUUUAUAUAUAGUUACGCUCUGAUACUGGAUGGAUUCUUUAAGAGUUCACGAUGGAAAUGCCCUUCUUAUUCAGGGCAAAACAUGUCUGUGAAUACAUGUUUAUGUUACAUGCUGGUGAAGAUCUGCUCGGCUGCGUAUUUUGCAGCACUUAAUUCAAAUGAACAGCCACAUUAAGGAGCUGCUCGUGUUGCCAGAAACUAGAGCUAAGUUGCUGUCUGAAAAUAAAACCGCAGCAGUAACAAUUGAAAUGGUCUGCAGGCGUGUUACGUUUUAAUGGCUCACAAUGAAAUGGGAAUGUAUUUUCCUGCUUCAAUAAACUACAAGUUGCAGACUGGAAGGUGGGUCUGACCUGACUGUAGCAUCCAUGUUUCCUUGAUGUCAACAACUGUACCUGAUACUGACAGCAUGCUGGAGGGUUGAAGAGACCUUUUUAAUGUUAUUUAAUAUCACUGCUUUGUUGCUCUCUCGUCAGUGCUGUGGGUGUUGUUCAACAAAUGGUAAUUAUGGAUGUAAAACAAUAAGUAAUUGAAUGCCUAGAGGCAAAAGAGGCCACUCAACGUCUUUGUGUCGAGUUUGCUUCUGUCUUGUGUUUUCUGGUAUUUUAUUGCUUGAUUUUUUUGUUAGCUAGUUCACCUUUUUGGGUUGAAUCUUUGCAAAUAAAUGAAUAAAUAAAGAUUGAAAUGUC